UCGAAUGGAGGAUCACAUGUAGUGCCCACGAGUGUGGAAAAAUGCUGAUUGAUUAGGAGCGACAUUGUAGGCCCAUUCAUUCUUGAUCACACGGAGCUUCCUCCUCAGUCGAUUCAUGACGAUCGCGAGGCGCUGCCUAUCGUGCACUGAUCAUCCAGUGGCCAGGACCUUCGGGCCAAAUGCAAAACAUGCAAGGAAUAUUACACCACGCGAUGAUCAAUGAUUCAUGAGCGGCUAGCUAGCUCAUUGGACCCUUUUUGGAGCUGGCGAUCGCGCUGCACAAGCUCUACGCCGGAUGCUCUCGCGAUCCGCACGGAUUCUCUCUCGUCCCGUCGUCUCUCAGACUUUAGAGCCUGGACCCUUAGCUGCCAAACCUUGUCACAUGUCUUGGUGGGAAAGAGCACAGCGAGAGCAAGGACAAGCAAACAUCCAAUAGAGGGACGCAUUUUCCCUGCCCAUCGCAGUGUCCACCAGGAAAACUGCUCCGGAUUUUGUGGGCCGAUCUAUCACAUAUUGAGUCUCCUCUCGGGCUGCCUCGACGUCUACGUGAGCCGGUCUAGACCUUGCGGUCCUGUCCCUAUUGGCGGAGCUAUGAAAACCCAGAGCGCAGCGUUGAAGAUCACAGGCCGCGGAUCGUACGGUUGCCGUGGAGAUCGCGAACGGGUCAUGGGCCCCUUUGGACCCGUAAAGAGGCCUGUGUACCCCCCAUGUAGGCUCGGGACAACGACGAGCCGAUCGAGAAAACAGGAUUGAGAUGGCGAUUGAGACGGACGCGGACCAGAACAAAUCGAUGGGGGCCUGGCUCCGGUCAAUGACGGUGAAGGGCAUCUCUUGCUCAUUUCCAGAGUGAUCGGCCACGCAAAGGGUUCCAGACUAGAGGAAAGACUGAGCUCUAUUGUCG